GGAGGAGGAGGUGUGGGCCCUUUGGCUGGCUCACUAAAACCACUACACAGUCGCUUCACUAGCAGAGUAGGUGCUGCUAAAGAUGGAAGGUUACACAAGUUUUCUGUUUUUCCUCGUGUCUUCCUUGGUCUUAGGAUUUACGCUGGUCAUUUUCGCUUUGGUCUGGGUCCUGCACUACAGCGACGGCCUGGCAUGGGAUGGAGGCAAUGCUGAAUUUAACUGGCAUCCGGUAUUGAUCAUCACGGGCUUCAUCUUCAUCGAAGGGAUUGCAAUUAUAGUAUACAGGCUGCCAUGGACCUGGAGAUGUAGCAAGCUGCUCAUGAAAUUCAUACACGCUGGCCUGCACCUUACAGCAACCAUUCUCGUGGUGGUGUCUUUGGUGGCUGUAUUUGAUUUCCACAAUGCCAAAAACAUUCCUAACAUGUACAGUCUGCACAGCUGGGUUGGGCUGACUGUGGUCAUACUUUUUGCUUUGCAGCUUGUUGUCAGUAUGGUUGUCUAUCUCCUUCCGAUCACUCCCGUUUCUAUACGAGCGGCUCUCAUGCCGAUCCACACCUACUCAGGCCUUCUUCUCUUUGGAGGUGUGAUUGCAGCAGCUCUGAUGGGAAUCACAGAAAAACUCAUAUUUUCACUGAAAAAUCCACCGUACAGUAGUUUACCACCACAUGGAAUCUUUGUGAACACUUUGGGGCUUCUGAUUGCAGUUUUUGGUGGAUUAAUUGUAUGGAUAACCACACGACCAGGCUGGAAGAGACCACCAGAGCACGUUGAGAAAGACCAACACCCAUUUGGAAGUACUGCGGAUGAUGCUAGCACGGCCGAAUACAGCAAAGAAAAGUCUGAUGUGGAAUUAAACAGUGAAGCCCGGAAAAGGAACCUGAAACUAGAUGAGGCAGGGCAAAGGUCAACCAUGUGACAAUGAUCCAAAGGAAAUAUGUAGCAUUAUUCUUGGAAAAGCUUUAACUGGAUUCAGUAGGAAUUAACAUAUUUAAAGGGGUUUUACAGGACUUAUAUCGAUGGCCUGGGCUUAGAAUAGACUCCUGGCAGUACAUUAUUACCGAUCAGAUGAUAAAAGAGCUAUGGCGCUCUGGCUAGUGCUGUGGCCUCUUCAUUGUUUACUAGGCACAGUGCCAUACAUUUUGUAGUGGCUGUGCCUGGUACUGCAGCUGUGACAUUUCAAGUUAGCAGAACCGAGCUGCAGUAACAGGCACAGCUGCUUCAAAAUGUUCAGAUGUAUUAAAGUCCUGAUAACUGCUUAAAAAAGGGGAACAUCACUCACAAUGCAAAAAGUCUGACAUACCAAAGUGUGUUGUCAGUGGAUCACAGUAUGGCAUCUGUAUAGCUUGUGCCGCUGGAGCACCCAUAAAGCCCAGGAAUGAUUCAUAAGCUUUAAUCAUUGAACAUCUCUGACACUAUGCCAUUUCUAUUUUGGAUGGACUCCCCCUUUAAGUGUGGGUAGAUUCACCCUUUAAUUUUGUAAAUAAAAUGUAUACUUAAUAUCUUCAUAUAUGGUGAGACAUAUGUUUUUCUUGAUGAAUAGUGAUUAAUCCACUAUAUAGUCAUUUAAAUCGUGAUACAUUUACCAUUGAUACGCAUCAGGCAAACUGAGUUCUUACUUAUCACAAACGUGGAAAUCGAGUCAUAUAUUUAAGGUGUUGUAUGAGAUCACAUUUGUCCAUGGCCUGCCGGUACUGAAGCCAGCUAGAUUCCAGUAAAAGUAUCUCAGCUGCAAUACCAGGCACAGCCUAUGGAUAAGGGUGGUGCAGUUUCUGUAAAAAAAAAAUAUAUAUAUA